AAGAUGGGCCAAAAAACCUUCCUAACGAGGACGCCACCUCCACCGGAGCUCGCCUUCGCCGCCGCCGCCUCCCCCCAUCGCGCCGCCGGCUCCCCCUCGUCGUCCACGCCGCCGCGGGCUCGACCGCACCGACUCGUCCCGGCAGCCGCUGAGCCGACGCCCCAGCCUCAACACUCAGCCCCAUCCGCCCCGCCCCCCUCAGUCCCUCACCCUCCACCCUCCACUGUCGCCACCGCGCAGCCGUCAUAGCCAUCCCCCAUUGUGCUCGCUGCUGGCAGCGCUCCACGACGACGCCGGCUCUCUCGCCUCCGUUAUCCAGGCGGUCUUCCAGGGGGGCAGCACCGAACGACUGCAGAAGAUAAACAUCGUCGUCCAGGUUAAUUUAUCCUAGUCCGCAAAACUGGAACAGCAGGAGAGAUAGAUAAGAUAAGGUGAUAAUAGUAUACCACAGUGAACUAAAGUCCCCUGAAGUGCAGGAUGCGGUUUGCAGUGACAAAAGUUUGUGGUGGUGGAGCAAAAGCACGGGCAGGCAUGAUCCAGAUUGGUGGCAGUAGCAUUGAAACUCCAGCGCUGCUUCUGUCCACACGCAAGGGGCUGCCAGCAUUUAUGUCCCGUGAUCUUCUUGCCUCCCUCCCCCUCCCUGACUCCCUCCUCCUCCAUGUCUGCCCAACCCACUUUAUGGAAGGCCCUCCAUCAAAAACAAUAUCAAAUAUUGGUGGCUUGCAUCAUAUGUUGGGUCUUCCUGAUCAUAUCCUCAUUGCCGCAGCUGGUGAUUCUAUUGAGAGUCUACCAACAAGUGAAGCAAGCAAUAAAUUUGGCGCUUCCUUUGAAACACCAGCAGGCCGAAGACUGGUCAAACCAUCAGAUUACAUGGAUUUGAUUUCCUGCAUGAAACCUAAUUUGUGGGCAAGUCUGGCGGAUGAGGUUCCAGCUUGGGCUAAUGAGAAACGAAAUAAAGUUUCUGUUGAGCGCACAUUACGCUGGCUUGAUGCAUGUAUUUCUCUGGAUGCGGAUGCUGGAGCAAAUACUUUGGGUGUAGUUGUGGGUGGAUCUAGUAUAGAACAACGGAAGCUAUGUGCCACUGAAGUGUCAAAGAGGAAUGUGUCAGGUUUUUGGAUAGGAGGGUUUGGCCUUGGAGACAGUGCUGAAGAGCGUUGCAGUAUACUCAAUGCUACAGUGGAUUGCUUGCCUCCGGAGAAACCCCGGCUCGUCUCUAGGCUUGGUCUUCCAGAGGAGGUAUUGGAGGGUGUAGCUGCUGGUAUCGAUCUAUUCGACUCCACGUACAUUUACCAACUUACUGUGGGUGGUUUUGCAUUGAUCUUCCCGGUUGACAUGGUUGGAAAAACAAUGCACAAUGGAGUAUUGAAUCAUAGUAGUGGAGAGUUCACAAAGAUUAAUUUGCGUGCAACGAUAUAUCGGAAAGACACGUCAAGGAUAGUUGAUAGCUGUAGCUGUUUCACAUGCCAGAACCAUACUCGUGCUUACCUCAAUCAUUUGCUCAACGUCCAUGAGAUGUUGGCCCAGAUUCUACUGGAGAUACACAAUGCACAUCAUUACCUUUGCUUCUUCCGGUUGAUACGAGAUGCAAUAAAAACCGGAGAGUUUGAUGACUUUCGGCAGCAGUUUGUUCAGAACAGGCGUGCUCAUCUUGCAGAAGCUGUUCUCUAGAUAUUAACGAGGAUUAUUUGGCUUUUCAUACAAGGCUUGCCGGAAAUUAGAUUCAAUUGAAUCCAAACAAUCCCUCUCUUCGAAAAAUCCAAGAGACAGAGCUAUUAACAUUUUGCAAAUCCCUGAAAGGAAAAGGGAUAUAUAGAGAGCGCUAGAUGGCAGAAUUAUUAGUUACCUUUGGAUGAAAUUUGGGUUUAUUAACCAGUUACUAUUAUUAUAGGUAACACUGCAUGUACCGACGUACGAAGUUUUGGUUAGUCUUGUCUCUUCAUGUUAAGGUUAGAUCAACCUUCUGAAUUGAGGAAGAACGUGUUAUAUGAUCGCAAACUACAAUAUUUUGGGUGCAUAACUUUAUUUAAGUUUGUUCAUCAGGAUUUUGAAUUCGGAUGGUUAUUUACUUGACAAUAUCG